AUGGAUCAGUUUAUCAGAGAUCUGCAAAAUCACGGUGUUCCAGAAGAAAAGAAAGAAGAAGAAAAACCUCCAGAAGAGACGACUGAGAGCAAAGUUGAUCGGGCGAUCUCAUGUCCAGAAUGCCGAGAGCGACUGAAACGACCGAUUCUUAUGCUACCAUGCGCCCAUAAUCUUUGCCAAAAAUGUGCCCAGAAUAUUUUCGACAACAAAGCAAUCGUGAUGCGAAAUGCUCGUAGCGAUCGUCACAAAAUCAGAUGUCCCUGUUGCCGAAAAGAAGUCGUCCUUGACAUGCAUGGAAUUCAUGGACUAACGCGAAAUCUCGUCAUUGAGCAAUUUAUCGAAACUUUCGAAAAGCAUGAGAAACUAAAAAAAUCAGGCAAAACUCUUCCUCCACCCCGAUCACGAAAAACAGUAGCGCUGAAGUACAUCCCUCCAAGCUGCAAAACUCACAAGAACCAGAAGCUGAACAUCUACUGUAACGACUGUUCUGAACUCACAUGCACUUUGUGCAAGUGCUUCGGAGCUCAUAAAAACUGCCACGUGACUGUCGUCAAGGACUCAUUUCAACUCGAAAAAGAAGAGCUCGAAAAAAGCUUGGACAGAUCGAAAAAUAUUCUCAAAGAACUUAGGGAAAUUUGCAAACUGUACGAAGAAGCGCUCAAAACAUCGAGAAAUCUACAGCUCUCGGAGAAUCAGAGGAUUCUUAAUGCUUUUCAUGAGAUUUUCGAGAUUCUAGAGAAGCGGAAAAAAGCUUUGCUGAAGUCCAUUGACAACGAAGCCAAGUCCAAGUUGACCAACUUGGACAACAACUUGGAACAAUACGGCGAAAUCCUCUCCUCACAGACUGAAAUUCUCACCGAAAGUUCUCGAAUCAGCGGCGCCAAAAACUGGGUCGGCUUCAUUUUCCGCGUCAAAAACGAUCUCAUCCCCAAGAUCGACAAAUUCUGCGACCGGCGAGAGCAAGUUAUGACAUUGAAAAAAGUUCCAUUCAACGAGGAUUCGUGGAAAUUAAAUGUAGAGCCUGUUCUUUCUUUGAUCAAUAAAAUCGACUUUGAAUAG